AUGAUGACUUUCGAGGAAUUGAGGACUGCGAGCUUCAAAUACAACAGAGAAAGAUGGGCUCCGUGGUUCUCGCUUAUUCCACAACCAGACGAUGGCAGCAUAUUUUUGGGUGGAGUUUCUGAAGUGGUAACCUACGACUUGAUGAGCGACAUUUUCGACAAGUUCAACGAUAUCCGAUUGGUAAGAAAUUUCUCAGUUCUCAUGUUUCUUCAUUUGUUUCAGAGGGAAGCCAAUUACGCCCUUGAUGCGGAAUUCUAUGCUCUUACAAAAGUAUCACUCGACAAACCAGAAAUUACGAAAAUUCUGGCUGAGCUGAAGCCCGUCGGUUUGAAAAUCUUGGACGUAUUGGUCCUUUCCAGUUGUAUUAUCAAGACCCGCAAAAUGCCUGAGGUCUGCGUAUUUGUGCAUUUGGAUACCCUCAAUGGCGAACAAGUUUCGAACAAAGAGUAAUUUGAUUAAGAUCGAUUUCCAAGAAAGUGUUUUUUUCCAGGGAACCCCGCAGUCAAUUGGAAAAGAACGCCCACACUGCAAUUAGUAAAUUUCUCGCCGAACAAAAUCGGUAUCACGCACUCACCGCAAAUGAUGUUGUUAGUGAAAAAAAAUGGAAUACACGCAUAAUGAAACAUAUACAGGCAGGACAGUACGUGGAUAAAUGGAAAAAGUCGCCGCAGUUGAGCAUCAAACCGUGUUAUCAGGAAGAGGUUCCGGAUAUCGUGCGAGCAGGAAUCUACAGCAAAGCGUGCUAUCCGUAAGGAUACAAUAUCCAAAAGUGAAAUAUAUUCCAGGGAUUCUAUAUCAGAUUCUGCCCGGAUAUCGAUAUGCUCGUCACGGUUUGGUACGCAUUAAUGACGGAAAGAACAAGAGAAGAGUGCCUGCAGGGACCGGCGGACGAAGAAUUCAGCUGGUUGUCGAUGUAAUCUGAGAACGGGCGGUUACAGAGAACCUGAAAACGUUUUUAGUGAUCAGACGGCCUGGCUCGUGAUUUACUUUCUUCAAAAUUGCGAACUUCUCCCGUUGUUCAUGAGAGAAACGGACAUAUUCAUCCCUGCGAAUGUCACAUGGGAAGACAUAAAUGACUGGAAUAACGGAUCGGAGAUCUUCACGGCAGAAUGUUAGUGAUAAAUAUUGUGGUUUCUGGAAAAAAAGUAAUUUGCAGAUUUUCUGGAGGCACAAAAACGACUUGCGUGCUCUCCGUACGUGAACGUGAGUGUGGGAAGACUGUUCACGAUGCUGCUCACAUUCUACGUCCAUCAAUGCCCUCUCGGUGAAGUGAUUAUCAACUUGGACCAGGGCAUAAUCAGGCUGCCAGAUAACGAGAUUGAGUGAGUUUUACAACAAAUCAGCAACAAUCUCAGUGAGGUACUCUUCAGAAUGGAAUCUGUUAUAAUGGAGUCGAUGCUCAUUCGAGAGACGGACAAGACUAGCCGCAAACUGAAACACAUGAAGAUUUGGCUCAACGUUCUAAAGUUUAAAAUGAAAUAUUGCAUUUUUUCAAAUAAUGUAAUUUCAGAGCAAUGCUCGACCACUUGUUAGAGAGAAACACGGGCGGAUGUGUGAUGAAGGACCUGCUGGAUAUCCGGAAGAAAACUUUUGCGGCAGAAGUCAAAGCGAGAAAAGAAGCCACUGCCAAUUCUUCUAAGAAGUAA